GUGUCACAGCACGUGCAGCCCUGCACCUGGAAUUUAAUGUAAUUUUUUAACUAUCCAUGGAGGAUAAGGAAGCCAGGAAACUUGCCCGCAAGAGGGCCAAGGAGUUGCGAAAUGAGUUUAUAGAGGAAAACGAUUUGGAGAAACUGAAUCCGAAAAAUUCGUUGCGACAUUGCUGUUCCGAUGCCCUCCACGACUUCGAUAGCGAAACCCACGAUGUCUGGCUGAUGCAGUGCCCCAAGGGAACGGAUCUCCAGAAGCUAGCCGGAAAGCGGAUCAAGCUGCCCGGCCGGCGUUACAAAGGGGAUGUCAAGUUGAGGGCCAGCAAAUACUCGACGCCUGUAAACGAAACCGUCGGCUAUGUGAACUACAAAGGAAAGUACUCUCAACGCCAAUUGCCUCUCAGCGGGUACAUGGUGGUCAGUAAGCGCCGAAAAGCAGCUAAGCGUGUAGCACAACACGAUUCCGGUUCCGAAUUUCCGGUCGCUCUGCCGCCACCAAAGUUCAAACUUCCCGUUCGUCAUCCAUUCUUCGGUCGGAACUAUAAGAAACACAUCGAGUUGCCAGCGGCGAUCAACAACGUCCUUAAAAACGCCGCUAGGAAGGACGCGAAGAUGACGGCCGAAUUGCGACGCACUGCUAAUUACUACGCAAUCAAAAGCAGGAUGCUGAAGUCCACACAAACGCUGGAGGAAAAGGAGAGCGAGGUGCGUGAAUCUGUGCUUACUGGUAUCAAGCCCAAGUUCAUGGACAGCACACCUGUUAUGCGCAACGACAACGAACCUACCGUGAUCAAGCUGGAACCCGAAGAGACCAAUGGUGUUGUCCCAAUGAACGGACAUUGUGCGGUGACAAUCAAGGAGGAACCCACCACACCAAAAAAGCGAAAGAAGCGUUCAUUACCUGCAGAAAGCCUGAUAAAUGGAACUAAUGGCCUUCAAGACUUCAUGGUUACCAUCAAAGAGGAGCCCGAGUCCGAGUCGCAACCCAAAAAGCGCAAAAAGCAUAAAGCGAAAGAAGGAGAUGCCGUGAUUAUUGACGGAAAUGCUGUGGUCAAUCUAGAAGAUUCUUUGGUUGCCAUCAAAGAGGAGUCCGAGGCCGAGCCGCAACCCAAAAAGCAAAAGAAACAUAAAGCAAAAGGAGAAGUUACCUUGACCAUUAACGAAAAUAAUUUGGUUCAGAUUGAAGACUCUUUGGUUACCAUUAAAGAGGAGCUCGAGCCGCAACCCAAAAAGCAAAAGAAACAUAAGGCAAAAGGAGGAGUUACCUUGACCAUUGACGAAAAUAAUGUGGUCCAGAUUGAAGACCCUUUGGUUACCAUCAAAGAGGAGCCCGUGGCCGAGCCGCAACCCAAUAAGCAAAAGAAACAUAAAGUAAACGGAGGAGUUCCUUUGACUGUUGGCGAAAAUGAUGUGGUCCAGAUCGAAGACUCUUUGGUUACCAUCAAAGAGGAGCUCGAGGUCGAGCCGCAACCGAAAAAACGAAGGAAACAUAAAGCAAAAGAAGGAGGAGUUACCUUGACCAUUGACGAAAAUGUGGGGAAUACCGUCAUAGUGGAUUCCGUGCCGCAACGCAAACCGGAAGAGGAGGAUAUUGUUCCGGAAGCCACGCCGCGCAAGCGCAAGAAGCUGAAGAAGGCGAGCGCAUAGAUAUACAUGUAACAGCCUUAAUUAAUUUUAAACUAGGUUUUAACUUUAUCUGGCCGAAUAAAAAAGGCUUCCAACGGAGCAAAAACCCUG